AUGGGUUCCGGUGUAUUUCCAACAAUUCUGAUGGCACUUUUGGGUCUUGUCCGGGGAACUCUGGUUUCGAGUGCAUCGGCUUGUACUGCAGGUACAUUCGUAUCUUUGAGUCUGAGCAACAUUGAAAUCACUUCCUUCAAUGUUACGGCCGCAUACAAGUACUCAGCCAGCGCCAACAGCUUCGAUGGUACGGGCGGUGUCGGCGUGAUAUCGGCAUCGACCGGCACGACAGCAUCCACAGUGGACAUUUGCCUAAUCGCAAUGACAUACACACACCCAGGCCAGAACGAUGUUAUCAACACGUACAUCGGGCUUCCGCUCGAUGCUAGCGACUGGAACUCGCGCUUUUUGAUGGAAGGUGGUGGAGGCUGGUUGGCUGGAGGCGAGAGCGAGAUUUUAUCACCCGUUUUGUCUGGGUAUUCUUCCUCCUCCACUGACGGGGGACAUAACACCAGCAGCUUGGCGACAGAUUGGGGAUUGACAAGUGAAGGGAAUACCAAUUGGCCUACACUGUGGGACUUUGCAAGCGUGGCUAUAGUUGAGGCUGCAGUACUGGGUAAGAUGGCAACGGAAAUCUAUUUUGGCUCGGCGCCCAAGUAUUCGUAUUGGAAUGGCUGUUCCACUGGUGGUCGCCAAGGGCAUAUGAUGGCACAGCAACACCCGGAACUGUUUGAUGGGAUGGUGAGCGGUGCCCCAGCUAUCAACUGGGACAAGUUCAUUCCAUCUCAGUUUUGGGGUCCUUUUAUGGCCCAACUGCUUGAUGUACAACCCCCUUCGUGUGUUCUCGAUGCGUUCACAGAUGCGGCUAUUGGAGCAUGUGAUCUCCUCGACGGUGUGAAAGAUGGUCUCAUCGCCUACCCAGGCCAGUGCUUUUUUCAAGCCUCCUCCCUAGUCGGCCAAAUGGUCAACUGCAGCAACCCAGACGAAAAUACGACCAUCACAACGGAGAUGGCACAGCUUGUUGCAGCUAUGUGGGAAGGACCACGAUCCACUGAAGGCCAUUUUGAAUGGUAUGGCUUUGACCAUGACUCCGAUCUCACGGCAAUUCUCAACACUACAUGUACCUCAGUCCACAACUGCACAAUGACACCCUUUGGUAUAGCUGAUGACUGGGUCAAAGUGUUUCUGGCGAGGAACUCCACCUUCAACACCGAGACCCUCACACAUCCAGACUAUGACCGUCUCUUCCGGCAGUCGAUGGACCAAUACGCCUCUGUCAUUGGAACAGAAAACCCAGACCUGACUAACAUGAAGCUGGCGGGGACCAAGAUGAUCGCUUGGCACGGCAUGCAAGAUCAGCUGAUUCCGACCAAUGGCAGCGUAGAUUACUACCAGCGCGUGAUGGAGUUUGACACCGAUGCUGAAAGCUACUAUCGUUUUUUCCUGGCGCCUGGGGUGAAACAUUGCGGUGGCGGAGAUGGUUUUGAUCCCAGUGAUACAGUCUUUGGUACCUUGCGGGCUUGGGUUGAGAAUGGGACAGUGCCGGACAGCCUGGAGGCUACUGCUAAAGCGGUGGGAGAUUCUAAAAAGUCAGCCACUCGUACUGCAUACCUUUGCCCGUAUCCCAAGGUCUUCACCUACACUGGGGGAAAUCCUAACCAGCCAUCAUCAUUUAGUUGUAUCUGA